GGUCUGGCCGCCCCAGCUCUCCUGCCCACCCUCCCCUGCACCAUGCAGCAGACCCUGCUGACCGGCUUCUUCCUCGCCCUGCUCGGGCUGUGCCCAGGCCAGGCCGAGAUCCCCAUCCAGGACAACUUCGACGCCAGCCAGUUCCAGGGCGUCUGGUACGUGGUGGGGAUGGCGUCCGAUGACGAGGGCUUCCAGGAGGCCAAGGACGACAUGAAGAUGCCCGUGGUGUCUAUUACCCCCUCGGCCAACGGCGACCUGACCGUCAAGUUCGGGUACCCCACGCCUGACGGCGGGUGCCAGAAGCUGGAUACCACCUACACCAGAGGCGCCGUGGACGGGCAGUUCAGCGACGCGGCCUUGGCCCAGACCGACAUCCGGGUGGUCGUCACGGACUACCAGCACUUCGCGGUGCUGUACAUGCAGACGCAGAAGGGCGGCGCGAGCAACAACUGGCUGCAGCUCUAUGCCCGGGCUCCUGAGCUGUACCCCGAAGGCGCCCAGAAGAUGCAGCAGCUGGCGUCUCAAGUGGGCCUGAACCCCAGCCAGGGCGCCCUGCUGCCCAAGUCAGACCAGUGUGCGUGAGCCGUCGCCAAGUGAGGUGCCUGUGCAGACGCUGCUACUCCGCGCAACCCCCGGCCACCGCCCCCACCCCCACAAUAAACAA